AUUCUUCAUAGGAUGGUCUUAUUGACCCAUGGUGGAAUGACUUGUAGCCCUCUAGUGAGGUAUUAAAUAAGGGUAUUCCACGACAAAAAACAAAACCCCGAUUUUAUACGUGGUGACUAUCAGACGAAAGAGAAAACCCUAGGGAUUGAUGGCACCGAAGAAGUGGUGGACAUCUAAGGAAGAAGAAGCCUUGAAAGCUGGUGUUAAAGAAUAUAAAGCAGGAAACUGGAAAGAUAUUCUUAAAGAUCCACGAUUUGCUUCUAUACUGGCUAAUCGAACGAAUAUCGAUCUCAAGGACAAAUGGCGAAAUCUGAAUGGAGGUGGUUGUGUGUCUGGCGGCAGAAGGAAAGCUAGUACUUCUCGCCCGCCGGAUAAGAGAAUAGUCCCAAAGUACAAGUACAAGACAAUGAUUUACGAGUAUCUCAAAUACAUUGAAGAUCCCAAUGGAACUGAUCUCGAUACGAUGAUGAACUUUCUUAAGUCAAAGUAUGAGUUACAAAGUAUCUUUAAAAAAUCAUUUAAUGCAGCGCUCAAAGCACUUGAGUUGAAAGGAUACAUUAAGAAGGUUGGUAACUCUUAUCCUAAGCUGUAUCUUUGGUUCUUCUGUCACCGUUACUUUUACCAUCUAUUUUAGCAUCUGCAGCUUGUAGUAUUUGAGUACUUUUAUUAUUAUAGUGCUAUGACAUGUAGAAACUACUACUUUUUUGCAAUCAUAUUUGAUAUUAAUUACAUGCAGGUGAGUGACCGCUACUACAAGGUCAAGGGUACGUCUUCUUCGGGUGCUAAAACAUCCCAACAAGAGGAUGUUAGGACAAAUACUUGAUAAUAAGGGUUUUUAUGUGAAACAAAUAAGAGACACACAACUUCUAGUUCUAAAUAAUUUAAUUAAUUUGAUACGGUUUCACCUCUCUAUCCACUAGGAUAGAGGUAUGGUGGUUGUUGUAGACUUGUUAAAAUCAAGAUAUCCUCAUCCUGAAUUCAAGCUCUAGGAUGGUUACUUGCAAUUUAAUCAUGAUUGACUGCAGUGAUGAAGAAAAGGCAGCAAUUGGGGAACAAACAAACUCUCUCACACAUCCAUUUCCUGUUUUGUUCUCUUUGUUAUAAAUACUGAAUAUGGUACUUUUGGUUGAAACAGGUUGUUACUUGUCCUGCAAAGUUUGCAAAACAUGCAUCGAUCAGCGAUUGCGGACAUCUUUCAACUGAAGCCUUCGAGGCGGCGGCUUAUUAGGCUUUCUUGGAGGGGUCCUUCCUGUGAUAGCGAUGAGGAUUAGGAUGUCUUAACUUUUUCAAAGAUUUGUAUUUCAAAGGCGUGGAGUUCUCUUCUCCUUCAUUUGGGGAUGAAGAAGCUUUGAUCGGAGACCAUGGUGAAUUCAGCUCAAAAUCCAACUUCUUCUGCCAAUCAGCAGUGGAUCUAGGUUGUCCCGCAGAAGGGUUCCGGUUAGCGUCGCCUGGAUCUGAAGAUUCAUUAUCUUCAACCACAUACUGGAUCAACUUUCAUGCACCUCACUCAAUAGAUGUUGUUUCCCCCACAUCAACCCUGUAGGGAAAGUGGAAUUGUGAAGACUUUCAGAUCUCUCCAUCCACAAGAUUUAAAUGUUGUAGCUAGUAUCUUCUUAGAGAUUUUUGUGCUUGAAGAGCUAGGCUGAUUAUUCAACCUAGGAGUUCUAAUUGUAACAUGUUGAUUGCUCAUAAUGUUUUCAUUUUUGUUUACUUCUUCAUUGCUGUACGUUUUGUUUUGUUUUGUUUUAACUUA